AUGAGUACUAUGUUGUCAGGUGCCGCCGUCAUGGACGCUGCUCUCCUUUUGAUUGCCGGAAACGAAACGUGCCCUCAGCCUCAGACCUCCGAGCACUUGGCUGCCAUUGAAAUCAUGAAGCUAAGCCACAUUAUCAUCCUCCAGAACAAGGUGGAUCUUAUGAGGGAAGACGGGGCCCUGCAGCACUACCAGUCAAUCCUGAAAUUCAUCCGUGGUACUGUUGCCGACGGUUCUCCGAUCAUCCCCAUCUCCGCGCAGCUCAAGUACAACAUUGACGCCGUCAACGAGUACCUGGUCUCACACAUCCCUGUCCCCGUCCGCGAUUUCACAGCAUCCCCCCACAUGAUUGUCAUUCGAUCCUUUGAUGUCAACAAGCCCGGUGCUGAGAUUGAUGAGCUAAAGGGUGGUGUUGCUGGUGGUUCCAUCUUGACCGGUGUGCUCAAGUUGAACGAUGAGAUUGAAAUUCGACCGGGUCUCGUCACUAAAGAUGAGAACGGCAAGAUCCAAUGUCGCCCCAUCUUUUCGCGUGUCGUAUCGCUUUUCGCCGAACACAAUGACUUGAAGUUCGCUGUUCCUGGUGGUCUGAUUGGAGUUGGUACUCGGGUCGAUCCUACCCUGUGCCGUGCUGAUCGUUUGGUUGGUUUCGUCCUGGGUCACCGUGGUCGCCUGCCUGCCAUUUACACAGAACUCGAGGUCAACUACUUCCUGUUGCGCCGACUUCUUGGUGUCAAGACCGCCGACGGCAAGCAGGCCAAGGUUGCUAAGCUGACCAAGAACGAGGUUCUCAUGGUCAACAUCGGCUCCACAGCCACCGGAGCAAAGGUUAUUGGUGUCAAGGCGGAUGCUGCUAAGCUGAGCUUGACCAGCCCUGCUUGUACCGAAAUUGGGGAGAAGAUUGCCAUCAGUCGAAGAAUUGAGAAGCACUGGCGUCUGAUUGGUUGGGCCAACAUUGUCGCUGGUAACACCCUUGAACCCAUUGUAAACUAG